AUGCGACCCACUAUCGCCUUUUUUGUACUCUUCGGCGCACCUAGCGCAUCGGCUGCCAUCAUUCGCCGACAGGCCAAUCACGCUGAUUUCGGCAAAUGCACUCCAACAAUGGAUUUUCAACUGGGCCGUACUGGACGCAAGCCAGAUCAAGGCACUUUCUUGCCAACUGAUACCCUCGUAGCCAAGGGUCAACAAGACGCGCUGAAUCCAAACAUCAUCACGAAUCGAAUUUGCGACCAGCUCACCAACGUAUGCGAGGCGAACCAAGCUGCAAAGGACCAAUGUCAGCAGGCCAAGGCUCAGGUCUCUGCGGCAGGCGUCAAAGAUGCUUCUGCUGCAACAAUGUUCAAUAGUGCUCUGGGUUUCUAG